AUAAGAAAAUUUACUGUCAGUUGUUGAUGUUGACCAUGUACAUAUAGAUUAGUUUUUUUAAAGAAAAAAUAAAUUUAAAGAGAAAAGAAUUCUUUGUUGUUUUUGUUGACUAUUUAAACACACUGUAACAAUUAUUUACGUGAGUGUUUUGAUUAAUUGUUUAUUCGUUAAUUUGUUUUCUUUUGUGUGGAGCGUCAACUUAUAUUUACUAAAUUUCUAACCUCAAAAAGAAAAAAAUAUAAAGAAUAAGGCGAAAAAUGGCCGGUAAAGCAACGGCAAAAAAGGCGCCUAAGAAAAAAGGUGCAAAUGGAUAUAAAUUACCUGAUCCAAUUCCAAAUGGAGAAAUUGUAACUGAUUUAAUGAAAAACAAAUGGAUUAUUAGCAGUUCAAUUGGAGUUGGUGGUUUUGGCGAAAUUUACUCAGCUGCACCUUAUUCUGGCAAAACACCAAAAGAUUAUCCAAAUGUCAUUAAAAUUGAACCACAUGGAAAUGGACCUUUAUUCGUGGAAAUGCAUUUUUACAUGAGAAAUGCUAAAUCAGAUGAUAUUGAAUCAUGGAGAAAGAAAAAGAAACUCUCCUUCAUUGGAAUGCCACGUUUUCUUGGUUCUGGAAGUCAUGAAUGUAACAAUACAAAAUAUCGUUUUGUCGUUAUGGAACGUUACAGUACUGAUUUAUGGAAAUUGUUUUUGGAAAAUAAUCGAGUUUUUCCAGAGAAUACUGUUUAUCAAGUUGGCCUGCAGAUUAUUGAUGUUUUAGAGUAUAUUCAUAGUCGAACGUACGUUCACGCUGACAUUAAGGGAGGAAAUUUGUUACUUAAUCGAGGAAAUGAAAAUCAAGUGUAUCUUGUUGAUUUUGGCUUGGCGUCGCAUUAUACGACAAAACCGGAGUACAAAUUAGAUCCUAAAAAAGCACACAAUGGAACUAUUGAGUACACGAGCCGUGAUGCUCACAUGGGAGUGCCGACAAUGCGAGGCGACAUAGAAAUUCUCGCUUAUAAUUUAAUUCAAUGGAUCUGCGGCGCUUUGCCAUGGGAGAAAAAUUUAAGCGAUCCUUCAGCAGUGCAAAAGCAAAAAGAGGCCGCCUUCAGUGAUACAAAUAAAUUUCUCAAACAAUGUUUCGCCGAUUCAAUAAUUCCCGCGGCAAUCACACAAUUUGUUUCACUCCUGGCAAAAAUGAAAUUCAAUGACACGCCCGAUUAUGAGAAAUUUAAGCAAACACUAAUUCAAGGUCUCAAGUCUCUCGGUAAAACGCCAGGCGAUAAAUUAGUGUUUUCCGGCGGUAAAAAAUCAACAACAGCUGGAAAAAUUGCAUCGGUUAUUGAAACAAAAACUCCAGUUGAGAAGAAAGUUGCGUCAAAAGUGCAGUCACGUUUACCAAAGAAAAUUACAACUAAGGAGACGGGAAAUAUUCUUUCGGCAGUACCGAAAAAAAUUGCAGCACUCAAGAGACUGAGCUCGGAGGCAAAUUCAUUGAAUGACUCAAUGAUUAUGAAUAAUUCGUGCAUUAGCGGCGAUGAUGUGGUGAAAAAAGUUUUGGCUAAUCUCGAUCCAGGCGAGGAAUAUGAGGUACAAAUAAAGAGGAAGAAGCGAGUUGUUGAUAAGAGCGAGACGCCGGAAAAAAAGGCGGCAACACGUGAUGCUGGAUCGUCAGGGAAGCGAGUUAUGAGGGAGAGGAAAAAGAAUACUCGUAAACAAUUGGACUCUGACUCUGAACCCGAGAUUAUCACUGUUGGUACGAGAUCGAGACCACGAGGAAAAUUGACAUCGAGAGCAAAGAAAAAUUCAAGUCUCAAUUCCGAGAAGGAUAUGUUCGAUGAUGAAUGAUCAACAAUGAUUCUAAGAUAAUGUGAAAAGAAAGAAAAUCAAGAAGAGGCUGAUUUUUUUCGAGAAAGUACAAAAAAAAAGUUUUCAUUUUUUAGAAAAGAAAAAAAUGACAGUAUAAAGUUUUAGGGAAAAACUUUGUUUUGAUCAUUGCAAUUAUUUGAGGUAAUCAGUAUUUUUUUUCUUCAUUCUACUUUUUUCCAUCCCUCUCCCACUUUAUAAUAAUGUGGCCUUUUAAACAAGUGGAAUUAUUUCCCUCUCACAUUCCACAAUGUUUAUUAUGACUUUUUGAAAUAAAAAACAAAAAUUUCCACUUA